AUGGCAAAUCUGAUUAAUUGUGCUAAUGGCUAUGUUUGUUUUGAAGGGUUGGUGGAAUUCUUAAUGAGCUUAUUCUAUUUAUUUUAUUUAAUAAUUAGCUACAGAAUACUAAACAGAGAUAAAAGUGGAGUUUUGGUUGACAUAGAUAAGUAUUUGUGUUAGGCUGCUUUGGCUCAAACACUUUUAUAAACUGUUUAUUUUUUGUAUUUUGGUAACAAGUAAUAACCUAUUAGCUGUGAAGAUAAUGAUAUUUUAUUAUCAACUAUCAGAUGUAUGGGAAUAGCCAUGUAAAUCAUGAUUUGCAAUAUUUUGGGUUCUGUUAUAGCUGAUGAGGAAUAAACACCUAAAGUUUGGUAACUGGCUCGAGGAUUGCUAGUAGUCACCCUUCUUUUAUGGGUUUGGUUUGGCAUGUUUCAUAGAAGUGAAAUAGAGUAAUUAAUUGUAUGAUUGUGCUAGCUAUAAUUGUGUUUAAGUCGAUUAUCUAAUUCUUUCAAGUUUUGGAUUAUUUUUGGCUUGUGGAUCAUUUUAUAUGGGAAAUUUGGCAUUGGAAGGCAUUUAGGAAUAUAAAAAUGAAUUGGUUUUUAUUAAUUGUUAAUUUAAAGGAUGUAGCAAGAUCUGGGACAAUUUAAGUUUAAUAGCAUGCUUUGCAAUAUAAAUAAGUGACCAUGAGAAUAACAUAAAUAACGUUAAUGCAUUGUAUAUAUUAGUAUAAUUAGAUUGUGGAUUACUCUAAUUUGGAUUGUAAUUUGCUUUUGAUUUAUUUACUUAUCUAAAAUGUGAUGCUUCAAGUGGAUGCGCUGACUAUUAUAAUGCUACAUCAUUUCUUUCGGUUCUAUUUAUUUCUUAAAUUAUAAGGUUCUACUCUUAACUAUUUUCAAAUUGAUCUCAUUCACAACAAUUCCUGCUACCAUGUUUUGGAUAUUUUAUGAAAUGAACAAAAAUAAAUUUUAAGAUGAUGAUUAAAAUGCAAUUGAAAUGAAGAUAGCUUAAUGA